AUGUCCAAUCGUUCCUGUCGCAACUUCAAAUCGAGAAUGAAAGUCUCUCAAGUUACUCUGGUUUACAAAAGUGGUGAUGUAACUGACCCAGGAAACUAUAGGCCCAUUUCAACUCUUUCACCUUUCAACACGUUCCAAAUCGUCGACCCGCUCGAGCCACGAGAAGCCUUCUUCGGAGGUCGCACGAACGCAAUCAAACUGUAUCACGUGACCGACGUGACCCAAGGAGAAAAAACCAAGUACGUCGACGUGACGUCGCUCUACCCCUGGGUCAACAAGGAAGGCGAAUACCCCGUAGGACACCCGCAAGUCAUCGUCAACCCCGAAGAUCAAGAUAUCCAUCACUACUUCGGAAUGGCGAAAGGGGACAUACUACCUCCUCACGAACUAUACCAUCCCGUUCUACCCUUUCGGCACGGAGGUAAACUCACCUUCCCACUCUGCCUCUCGUGUGUGGAAAACGAAAUGACCAAACCCCUCCUAGAGAAAUCUCAUCACUGCCCUCACACGGCCGAGCAACGUACACUCCGAGGGACCUGGUGCACAGCCGAACUCCAGAAAGCCGUUGCCAUGGGAUACACUCUCAAUAAGAUCCACGAAGUCCACCAUUUCCCACCCGAACAACGCCGUAAAGGACUCUUCGCCGAUUACGUGAACACCUGGCUAAAAAUUAAACAGGAAUCCGCUGGCUACCCUAACUGGUGUACCACCCCCGAAGACAAGGCACGUUACGUCCACCAAUACCAACAGAAAGAAUGCGUCGCUCUAGACCCGACCAUGAUCCAGAAAAAUCCCGGCCACAAAGCCGCCGCCAAACUCAUGCUCAACUCCUUCUGGGGCAAGUUCGGUGAAAAUCUACACCAACCCACCACUCAAGUGGUCUACAACGCAGCGCAUCUCUUCGCCCUCGUUUCCAACCCCUUCAACGACAUACGACAAGUCAGAAUCGCCAACGACGAAGCUGUAGAAGUCGUCCACGCCGAACUCAAAGACAACCAACCCGACAACGGACGAAUCAACAUCUUCGUCGCAGCUUUCACCACCUGCUGGGCUCCGCAACUCUUUGCCCUCGUUUCCAACCCCUUCAACGACAUACGACAAGUCAGAAUCGCCAACGACGAAGCUCUAGAGGUCGUCUACGCCGAACUCAAAGACAACCAACCCGACAACGGACGAAUCAACAUCUUCGUCGCAGCUUUCACCACCUGUUGGGCUUGUCUCAAAUUGUACACCUACUUGGAACAGUUAAAGCAACAAGUUCUCUACUUUGACACCGACUCCGUGAUCUACUCGCACAAACUAGGUCAAGCAGAUGUUCCGCUAGGCGAUUACCUGGGGGAGAUUACCAACGAACUCGACGAUGAAGAUUUCAUCGCCGAUUUCACUGCUGCUGGACCCAAAAAUUACGGCUACAAAACCAACCAAGGCAAAGUAUGCUGCAAAGUCAGAGGAUUCUCACUUAAUGUACGAGGAUCCAGACAACUCAAUUAUGACGUCAUGCGACAAAAUCUCCUCGACGAAAUCACACAACCUCUCGAUGAACGACGCAAUAUCAACGUCGUCAACCCGAACUUCUUCUGGAGAAACCCAGCCACAAAACAUCUCAAAGUCAUCACACGGACCAAACGAUACGGACUCGUCUUCGACAAACGUGUCGUAGACCCGAACACUUUCAUGUCAUUUCCGUACGGAUACACACCAAUGUAA